AUAUUUAAUUAAAUGUAAUUAUAAAUAUUAAAAAUAUAAAUUUGAAGUAUACAUUGUGGCGAAUCGAAAUAAUAGCAAUGAAGUUAACAUCUCAAGAAAGCAUCAAGGCUUGGAUACUAUCAGCUUUGAUGGUACACGGCGCUGUUGCAGGCAACCCGGAUGCUAAGCGCCUUUACGAUGAUCUCUUGAGUAACUACAACAAACUGGUACGCCCAGUUGUUAAUACUACAGAUGUCCUCAAAGUUUGUAUAAAACUUAAGCUUUCGCAGCUGAUAGAUGUUAAUCUUAAAAAUCAGAUCAUGACUACGAAUCUUUGGGUGGAACAGUCAUGGUACGACUACAAAUUAAGGUGGGAGCCCAAAGAAUAUGGGGGAGUGCAUAUGCUACACGUUCCAUCCGAUCACAUUUGGAGACCAGACAUUGUACUUUAUAAUAAUGCUGAUGGUCAUUAUGAAGUGACACUUAUGACAAAAGCAAUAGUCUAUAGUAAUGGAUUGGUGAUUUGGCAACCACCUGCCGUCUAUAAAUCGUCUUGUUCAAUCGAUGUUGAAUAUUUUCCAUAUGACGUGCAGACGUGCAUCUUAAAAUUAGGAAGUUGGACCUAUGAUGGUUUUAAGGUGGACCUGAGACACAUGGACGAGCAGCAGGGCAGCAACAUUGUUGACGUGGGCGUAGAUCUAUCGGAGUUUUACAUGUCUGUCGAAUGGGACAUUUUAGAAGUUCCGGCAGUUCGGAAUGAAAAGUUUUAUACAUGUUGCGAUGAGCCGUAUUUGGAUAUAACGUUUAACAUUACCAUGCGAAGAAAGACUCUUUUUUACACGGUUAAUAUUAUAAUACCAUGCAUGGGUAUUUCUUUUCUAACGGUACUGACUUUCUACUUACCUUCUGAUAGUGGAGAAAAGGUUACUCUGUCCAUCUCGAUUCUCAUUAGUCUCCACGUGUUCUUUCUUCUGGUCGUGGAAAUCAUUCCGCCAACAUCGUUGGUUGUACCUUUGUUGGGCAAAUAUCUGAUAUUUGCCAUGAUAUUGGUUUCUAUAAGUAUUUGUGUGACAGUUGUCGUGCUGAACGUUCAUUUUCGGUCUCCGCAAACCCACAGGAUGGCACCGUGGGUCAAACGUCUGUUCAUUAACUUUUUACCCAAAUUUCUCUUCAUAAAGAGACCAACAUAUAACUUUGAAACAAGCAAAUUGCUUUUGAAGGACGCUCACGCAUGCUUUUAUCCGUAUUACUCUUCAACUAAUAUUGAUCGCCUUGUAAAUUCGGGUUAUAGCCACACAGCCUCCAAGGAAGAAUUAACAACGCAGAGUUUAACCAGCACUGGACCUUUUGGAGGAAGUUGCCAAGUCCAUGGACCAUUGCCUCAACUAACACACUCGAGCUCAGAUGAUUUAACUGCCGUCCCUGACUUAGAUACUGGAAACUCUGGAAUUAAAAGUCCAAUAUUGAACAAUCCAGCCUUUUCUCACUCAAAAUGCCCACCUCGAGUACAUCGCAGUUGUUUCUGUGUGCGUUUCAUAGCAGAGCAUACUAAAAUGCAAGAGGACUCCACAAAAGUUAAAGAAGACUGGAAGUAUGUCGCAAUGGUAUUGGAUAGGCUCUUUCUUUGGAUAUUCACACUGGCUGUCUUGGCGGGCACAGCGGGCAUAAUAUUGCAAGCGCCAACCUUAUACGAUGACCGGAUUCCCAUAAUCGAGCAAAAGGACCUAGAGUUUUCCGGCACUUCAGCCGGACGCUGUAGACCUGCGCAAUAGCGAUUUUAUGCCAAUACUGUCUAAAACCCUAGCAGACCAUUUUAAAUGUAUUUAUUUUCGAUGUGUUUUCUGUGUUCCCGUUUCUCUAAACCUGAAUCAAAAACUUAACUAAAUUCAUCGCUAUAAACUUAAAUCUGUUAUGUAUGUAUCGCUUUAUCAACGAAAAACAACGUUAACAAUAUUUUUAAGUUCUGAUCGAAAAUAUUAGUCUGAAACAUAAGGAAAAUUUAGCACGGCUAUACUAGUAGAAAAACGGUACUAUUCAAGCUAUUCAAUACUCAAAACGUAUUACAAAUUAUAAAAAAGUCUAGAAUGCACACUUGUUUCUACUAUUAUU